ACGCCCAUCUUCCAGUUCAGGAAGUACGUUUUCAGUGUACUAGUUUUUUCUCCGUUGCAUCUUCCGCCGCUGAGGAUAAUAAAUCUGCUUCACCGUUUUGUGUCCACGAAAUAAAGGUCCAGGAUGUGUGGUAUUUGGGCCUUGUUUGGCAGUGAUGAGUGCAUGUCGAUUCAGUGCACCAACGCUAUGAAGAUCGCCCACCGGGGACCAGACGCUUUUCGUUUUGAGAAUGUCAACGGCUUCACAAACUGUUGCUUCGGCUUCCAUCGCCUGGCUAUCAUAGACCAGCUGUAUGGCAUGCAACCCAUCCGCAUCAAGAAGUUCCCCUACCUGUGGCUCGUCUACAACGGGGAGAUCUACAACCACCACACGCUGAAGAAGCAGUUUGAGUUUACGGACUACCAGACCAAAGUAGACGGUGAGAUCCUGCUUCACCUGUACGAGCGGUUCGGCAUUCAGAAGAUGGCGACCCUAUUGGACGGCGUGUUCGCCUUCAUCCUCCUGGACACAGCCAAUAGGAAAGUGUUCCUGGGGAGGGAUACGUAUGGCGUGCGGCCCAUGUUCAAACUACUGACCGACAACGGCUUCCUGGCUGUGAGCUCUGAGGCUAAAGGUCUGACUGAUAUCACCCACUCCAUGUCUUCUCCUCCUAAGAUCACUCCGUUCCUCCCGGGGCACUUUGAGGUGUUUGACCUGAAGCCCACUGGGAAGGUAGAGUCUAUUCAGAUGGACCGCUUCCACUACUGCACCCAGGAGCCCAGCCACGCUGUCUAUGACACGGUAGAAAUGCUACCCUCCGGUUUUGUCCCAGAGACAGUGAAGAGCAACAUUCGGUUGUUGUUUGAGAACGCUGUCCGGAAACGCCUCAUGGCCCACAGGAGGAUCGGCUGUCUUCUCUCAGGUGGUCUGGACUCCAGUCUGGUGGCAGCUAUGCUGGUCAAACUGGCCAAAGAGGAGAAGUUGAAGUACCCCAUUCAGACCUUCGCUAUCGGGGCUGAAGACAGCCCAGACAUCCUGGCUGCUCGCAUGGUGGCGUCGUACAUCGGCAGUGAGCACCACGAGGUCAACUUCACCCCUGAGGAAGGUUUCAAAGCCGUGGAGGAGGUCAUCUUUCACCUGGAGACCUAUGACAUCACCACUAUACGCGCCUCUGUCGGCAUGUACCUAGUGUCAAAGUACAUCCGUGAGAAGACUGACAGCGUGGUGAUUUUCUCUGGGGAGGGCUCUGAUGAGCUGACACAGGGGUACAUCUACUUCCACAAGGCUCCCACACCCAAGGCAGCAGCAGAGGAGAGUGUUCGUCUGAUGAAGGAGCUCUACCUCUUUGACGUCCUGAGAGCCGACCGCACAACCGCUGCACACGGUCUGGAGCUGAGAGUGCCUUUCCUGGACCACAGAUUCACAGCGUACUACCUCUCCCUGCCUGAGGAGAUGAGGCAACCUAAGGAUGGAGUGGAGAAGCACCUCCUCAGAGACUCAUUUAAAGGUCUGAACCUGAUCCCAGACGAGAUCCUAUGGAGACGUAAAGAGGCCUUCAGCGACGGAAUGACUUCUGUCAAGAAGUCCUGGUACAACAGCCUGCAGGACCAAAUGGAGUCUGAGGUGAACGACUACGAUCUGGAGAAAGCUCCUAAGACAUUCCCGUUCCUCCCUCCCAGAACCAAAGAGGCGUACUUCUACCGCCAGGUGUUUGAGAAGCUUUACCCGGGCCAGGCUAAGUGGCUCAGCCACUACUGGAUGCCCCGCUGGAUCAAUGCUACAGACCCCUCAGCCAGAACCCUCUCCAUCUACAAGCCUGACAAAGACCAGUGAUACAGAAACAACAGUGGCUCUUUUCCAAAACCCUCACUAGCGUAGCACUUAGAAUGAAGCAGUCCAUUGAGCAUGCAUGCAUUAUCAGUGGUAUGCUAGUAUGGAUAUUGGAACCUAGACCGUGUCAGCUGUCAAUUACCUCUGUCACCAUUACUACAACUCCUCUUCACAACAAACCUAUCUAGAAUUUGUCUCAUGCUAGGUUGUGACGAUUGUGGGAUUUUAGGGUAACAAAUUGUAAUUUUUGUUGAAAAAUGUUUUUGACAUUGUAAUGCAUCUUUAGCUACUACAUACCUAAUGAAUACAACACUGCUUUGGAACUUUGGAAAUGAAGCUUCUCCCACUGACCGUGCUGCUAGCAAAAUGCUAUUGGAUAAACUAUGUCUACUUGAAUUUAAAGUUGAAUCCCCUCUUCUCCUAAAAUAAAGGCAUUAAGACUAUGAUGAAAAUGAUUUUUUCACAGUUAUUGUCAGUUAGAUGAUUAUAUGAUAAUUGUGCCACGCCUAUGCAGGAAUCAUCUAGUUCUUGGGAUCAGUGUGAAUUACAGUUACAGGGUCAGUUCUGAUUUGGGGAAACUUGUUUCAGUAGGAAUAGUCGAUAAUAUUAGAAGACUGGAAUGAUGCUUAGUUAAAUAAACAAUGCUGUUGUUUAUCUCGCUGGGGUUCAGUAGCACUACUACUGAAAUGCUUUCAUACAUUAUAGUACCAUACCUAGAUAUGAUUUCAUAAUACAUAGAUGUAAAUUACAUACAUAUUUUAACAGCUUCAGACAUAAGCCAAACCUUAACACAAUUCUUAACCGUUCCUAAUGAGUUCUGUUGGCAAAAUAUGCCUUUUCCUCUCAUUCACAUUAUUAUGAAGUUGAAUGCAUAUAACGGGUAAUGUAAAGAUGUGUUUUUUAAUAUAGCCAAUUACCCUGAGGUUAGAUAUAACCUGUGAUUUCUGUCUGUUUGCCUCUGACCCAGACAGGAAGGAGGCAGCCUUUUAAAAUAAAGGACAUUUUCCUUUCCUGCCUGCUGUAAUAGGUGACAUUUGUCAGGUCCAGUUCUGUGCAGAUGAGGCUGGGCUAAUUGUAAUGGCUGGAAUGGAAUAGAGUCCAAGGUGAUUGCCAUGUGUUUGAUACUGUUCUGUUUAUGCCAUUCCAGCCAUUACAAUGAGCCUGUCCUCCUAGAACUCCUCCCAAACUGAGAGAGGUACCCUAAUUCAACUAAUUUACCUUUUAAACAUCUUUUAAAUGUCAGAACAGUUAUGAUGAAACUUAAGCUUUCAUGCAUUGAUCAAGCCCCAAAGUUAUCUUUCUUAUUGAAAAGGAAAAGGCACAACAUUCACUCACCAUUAAAAACACAGUUUAUUGAAUCAACUAUUGAAAGCUUGAUUGUUUGUCCUUCAUCAGGAUAUGAAUUUGAACAUUUCUUACUCAUUUCGUCCCCCCUGUUUUUGUUUUAACUUGUCAUCAUACUCAUGUCAUAUGAGAAAGGCUAAAUCUUCUGAUGUGACUUAGCCAUUCUGUACUUAAUAAGUGGCCACACAAACUGAUCAGACAGAUAAUGUACCUAUCUGGAAUAACGAUGACAAAAGGACGAGGUGUUUGUUGCCCGUUACAUACUGUCCUUUACUGGAGUGUGUUGUGUUAAAGAGAGCAAGACCAUGGCAUGGCGUAAUAAUGGUCUAUAAAUCAUUUUCACAAACGUUUAAGUAAACUGUGCUAUGCGUGUGUUCUUGCGUGAGCGUGUCAUUAAGAUAAUGAUAGAAUGUGUAACAGAUUGAAUAUCACGCUGGGAACAACAUGAAUCAAUUGAAGAUGAAACAUGAUUGGGACAGGCUGGUAUAAUGGGUUCCAUAAGGAAGCCCACUCAGACCAAAACAGGUUUGUAUGCUAAACAUAUUGCAUUGAUUGCACUUUGUUUUCUGAACUGCAAUCCAUCAAGACUCUAGAUGGAAACGUAUGAAACUAUAGCAUUACAUGUCUAAAGUGAUCGUGUCUAUCUACUGUAUUAAACUGCUUCUGAAAUAAACGUGCUCCACACCCUUGACAAUAUCUA